UACUAUCAAGUAUCCCGAACGACGUUGAGUUCAAGAGGUGCUCAUCCAAAGAAAGGAGUCCUCGCCAAUCCAGCCGUCCUUUUCCCACAUCACUCCUCACCUCACCGUUCAAAAUGCUACCAACAAGAACACUCCCACCUAUCCUUACCCUCUUCCUCGCCACAUCCGCCCAAGCCCUCUUUGCUCCCGCGCGGUUCUGGGCGCCAAAGGCCACCACGCCGACACCCAUACCCACCGCCAAACCAGCACCGCCAGUCGUUGUCGCGCCGCCUGUAGUCGCGCCGAAGCCGACGCCAAAGCCACCCACCGCCAAACCGGCGCCGCCCGUGGCUGUCCCGCCGCCUGUAGUCGCGCCGACGCCAACGGCCAGGCAGAGUGUUGCUCCCGUGCCUGUGUCUACACCUGUGGUUGUCGACACAGCGGGUGGGGGAGUGACGUAUACGGGAAGGUUGUCGUAUUAUGGGGAUGGAUACAAGACCCUGCAGAACGGGAACGACCCACCGCCAAUCGGGCCAGAGAACGGGGGCUGGUAUGGCGCGUGCUAUAACACGUUCUGGGAGAUGGCCAAGCCGCUUGUGCCGAGGAAUUUCAACUUGUUUGCUGCACUGAACUCGGCUCAAUUCCAAUCCCUCACCCCCCGCUCCGCCUGCGGAGUCUGCGCCGCCAUAACCCACCCCCUCCUCCAAACCCGCGUCGUCGUCGAAAUCGUCGACAGCUGCCCCGGCUGCCCCUUGCACGGCCUCGACAUCUCCCACCAAGCGUUCGCGCAACUUCUCGGCGGGUCAUCUGCGCUCUCCAACAGUGCGGCGGCGGCGGUGGGUAUCAUUGAAGCGUUUGUAGAUCCGCUGCAUUGGGAGAAGACGAUCGCGGUGGGUAUUGUGGGAAACGUGCAAUGGGAAUUUACGAAUUGUUCGGGGAUUGUAGAGGAUGCGACUUUUAGGGUUGAUGGGGUACCGGCGGAUUGGGUUAUUGAGGGGAAGGUGAAGAGGAGGGAUGAGGAUGAGAGGCGGAGGGGGGUGGUUUUGUCGAAUGCUGUGACGCUGGUUCCGUUGCAUGCGACAUGAAGGCGGCCUUCCAACUCCCGAAUCCUUGGGCAUCAUCUGCAUCCCUGCUAUGGCCCACUACAUAUGUAUAUCUGCUGUGUGUUGUAAAUCCGUCCUCAUGUCGUAUAUGUAACAUAUGCAACGUAAAGAGAUUUGGCGUGUUCCUCGCGUAAGUCAAUACAAU